CUCGCUGCUUAUUGGCAGUGACAUAUUGGAAUCUUCUGAAACGAAUUUUAAUAAUUCUUGACUGCUCUUGCAUUAAUCCAAGAUUACCUGACUUAAGUAUACUUAUAUAUGAUUGUAUUUAUGAAUAUAAAUUCACAAAAAUAUUAUUGUUCAGCAACAAUUAGAAAGAAAAUUAAUCAAAUUACAUCGUAAGCACGACGAAGCACAAAGUCGUACAGCACGAAAUUCAUUACAUUAUCGAUUACUUUACGUAUACUAAAUACAACGCAUACACGCUCUCUAGAACAUUUUCAUCGGAACACGUAUGUAGGUACUUACAAUACUUACAAAAGUCCACUCUAAGCCGCAAAUAACACAGCGUAAUAGUGUGCAAAAAUAUAUUAUAAGGUCUACAAACUGCACGAUCGCUGGCUAAAAAACUUCAAUCACUAUUCAGAAGCGACGCAGCCGAAAAUAAGCAUGUUACACCCUCGAAAUGCGCGAUAAUCGUGCGAAUAUUUUCGGAUCGUUGAGUCGGAGGAAAAAAUAAGUAUACCAAAUAUAACUUGCCGGUAUACAUAUAUACUCACAGCUCCCUGAUAGGCACGUACGGCUUAUCACAAUGUAUGUACAACGCAGGCCGGAGUGGCCGAGGUAAACAAAGGCUUGCAAAAACACACGUAAGCCGUAAGUGGCAGCAGUAUAGGUAUAAGAUAGGUACACUUUUAUAUAUGCGAAGAUUCUCUCGACAGUUCUCGCGACUGGCGAGUCGCAAUUUACUCGCGGAACGGGUCGACGGGCAGAUGAAGACGGUGCUGCCACACCGUUUUUGCACGUCGCGACAUACGAUUUUGCGCAUAGAUAUAAUUUGCCAUUGUAUUUCGUACAGAGGGUCAAAUAAACUUGUAAAUUUAGGUACACUAAUAAUUUUGUAUCUUGGAAUUAAAAGGGCAAUGAAUUUUCGAUAAAAAAAAACUUGACGAAAAGAUGAUCAUCGAUACUUAUAAACAAAGUAGAAGAAACGUUUUCUAGAACGGCGCGAAUUCGAACUUGCCGGCGAUGAUUAUCGUGCGCGGGUGCGGGGCGACACUGUCGCGCAGCUCCUCAUCAGCGGCUUUAUCAAGUCCCGCAAGGAUUGGUCAGCUGUAGCCGGGAACUCGGCUCACCGCAGCUCCAAUAAGAAUGGCCGCCGUACUGAGAAGGAACUUCGGAGCUCUGCAACCGGUCUUCGGGAAGCCACAUUUUCCGCAGUCCAACAAUACCAGACGGCUAACGAAGUCGGCGGAAUGCCAAGACAUCAGCGAAGGAUGGUUCAGCAAGUUGCUGGUCAGGAAAAUCGAGCCGACCAAGGAGUCGCACUCGCGGAUGCUCUCGGACAAGCAGGUCAUCUACGCCCUCCAUACGCACAACAUCCGUCCUGACUCCUACGACAAAUACUUGGCGAACUAUGCUGAAAACGUUAAUCAUAUUCAUUCCCAAAAGCAAGAUUUGAAUCUGGAACUUGUUGGAUCAUGGACCGUCGAGGUUGGAGAUUUGGAUCAAGCUCUUCAUUUGUGGCAGUACAGUGGAGGAUUCCAGAAUAUAGAUAAAGCACAAGCUUUGCUUGCCAACGAUGAACCAUACCAAAAGCUUCUCAAAGAGCGUGGUAAUUAUUUGAGAUCUCGACAUCUACAAUAUUUGUUAGCAUUUAGUUAUUGGCCACCAAUAGUCACAAGAGAUGGUUCAAACAAGUAUGAAAUCAGAAGUUACAGUUUAAAGCCAGGAACCAUGAUAGAAUGGGGAAACAAUUGGGCAAGAGCUGUCAAUUUCAGACGUAACAAUGACGAAGCUUUUGCUGGCUUUUUCUCGCAAAUUGGGCGUCUCUACAAUGUUCAUCACAUUUGGUGUUACAAGGACCUCCAGUCGCGUAAAGAGACACGUGAGAGCGCCUGGCGAUCACCCGGCUGGGAUGAGUGCGUUGCUUAUACGGUGCCUCUGAUUCGUGAGAUGCACUGCCGCAUUCUCAAUCCAACGUCCUUCUCGCCAACAAAGUAAACUCGCUACAUCCGUUGCGCCAACAAAAUAAUAAAAUUGAAGCGCUAAAUAUUGUACAAAAAACAGAAUAAGGUUUGUAGCGACACUGUACCGUGUAUAAAAAAUCGAUAAAGUUUCUUUAUAUCUUCUGUGUAGAAAAAAGAAUGAGCGAGAAAGUUUAUAUAGCAGCUAUUAUACGCAAAUGUCGAACAAUUACGAGCUAGGAACUAGAAAUAUUGAUGAUUAAUUUGUUGAUAGUGAAAUGGUGUUCGUUAUGAAUGUUAUACGUCAAGCAUCAGGAAAUAAGGUAAUAAUGCGAGACUCUACGAACGAAAGAUGUGAAACGAGAAAGAAAAUUUGUAUGCGACGUAUAACGAACAAGGAAUGUAAGAUAACUAUUGGGUAUAUAUAAUAUAAAAUACAGCAACUUGAAUAUUUUUAAUA